CCCCCCCCCCCCUCCAAGAUCGGCUCAUCAAAAAGAGAGCCGGCAGAGAAAGGCUGGACCACAACACCGUAACCUCACUCCAGGUAAGAACAAAAGCUGCAUCUGUGUUUAGUUAUCCAAGAAAAGGGAGAGAAAAAAUCUUUUAGAAGAGUGAAGUGGUUAAUGUUGCAAAAAAAUGACAAAUACUCUGAAGAAUAGGCUUUGUGUCUGACAAUUCAUCUCAGGAUUUUGCUCAUGAUUUGAAACCCUUACAAAGUUUUUGUGUUCAUCGUCUUGUUUCCGAUAGGGUGAAUUUUCACUUCCAUUUAACUGAUCAAAUUCAUAAUAAAAACUGUAUCUCAAAGAUGUAAUUUUUAUUUGUGCAUGUGUUGUAGCUAAAAUGUUUUUUGUGUGUGUUAUAGCAGCAACAAAGUAUCCCAGAGCCACUGUAGGCCUUCAUCCUGCCAUCAUGACAGAAGUUGCCCUCCUGGCCUCCCUCAAGCCACAGUUAACCACAUCGACUCAUCACAGUGUCAGUGCUUCAUCAGAGACCCUCAACUCCCUGACCACCACUGAUUCCCUCACCUCAUGGGAGGAGGCGCACAUGCAGGUUCACACCAUCCUGAUUGUCAUCAUAUUUGGUGCCGUCUGCUCCUUGCUCCUACUCGCCUUCUUUUACGCUUUCUGCCUCCACUGCUCCAUCAGUUCAUCACCGAAAGACUUGCACUUGGCCAACAGAGGCAGCUUGGAGCGCGAGGAUGCCACCUACAGGUGCAGUUCAUCUGACAACCAGUCUAUGGGGAAUGUUGUCUGACCGGACAGAGGGACAUGAUAACUUAAACUUAAUUGUAUAUCACUUUAUUUUAUGUAACAAGAUACCUUCUUGAAAUUUUGAUUGCUAUGUUACUUAUUCCAAAAACUUGUCAGUAAAGUGUUGUUUUAUUAGCUUUCUGGCUAGUCCUGUCUUGACUAUCUUACAUAAAGCUAGAACUGACUGACCUUAAAUAUGUGUCAUUAGCAUUUUGUGCUGCUUUGUGGUAAGUGAUAAAAACAAUGUUUUGCUUUGUCAACUCAUAAUGACUUCAAACAACCUGCUACCUUUAAGAAAAACAGGCUUCUAACAAGCCCUGCAAUGAUUUCACAAAACUAGUAUUUAGACAGCAUGGUAGCAUGGCAAGCUAAUGCUAGCUCACAGACUAGCAUUGACUUGUUUGCUGGAUUCUUUAACAAUUAGCUUGCGUCUCAUGGUAAACAUGAAAACAAUAAUGUUAAAUUUCAUUUACCAGAUGCUCUGAGACCUGAGAGUAAGUUUAAGACGAGAAAGGAUCUUUGUUUGAGGGUGGGGGUCGGGGGGCAGCAAAAGGCUUCAGGUCCAACUGGACACGGGUACUCACAUGCAGCGUUGUUUUUGUUUUUGUUUUUGUUUAUCGCUCAAAAUCAUCACCACAAAGCAUCUGCAACAAUAUAAUUUUCACUUCAUCUUUAUGAAGCCUUGGUAUCAUAAACAAAUGCCAAUAUUGUCAACAUCAUCUUGAGCACCAAACUACCAAGUGCUGAGUUUUCCAUGGAAAGGUGGGACUAAAACUUUCUCAAACGUAGGGCAGUCUUUAACUUGUUAAGUUAAAGAUUUGCGGCAGUCAGCAAACUUAAGUUGUAGAAAUUAGAAAGUAGGAACACCUCAAUUAAUGUGAUGUUUUCUCCUAUUUGCAUCUCAGCCUCUUAUGUUAUGAAUCUAUAUUUCAGUGGCGCCCAUAUGUUCCUGUUUGUUUUUGUUUUUUCUAGCAUAUUUGUCAAUCACAGAGGGCUGAAAAACAAGGGUAUGAAAGGAUAGCGUUCUGAGUUUACAUGAAUUCCCAUGGGCAAGAAGAUGAGUAUGCUUGGAUGCAUGGAUGCCACAUGAGUACACAGGAAAAAUAUGUCACUAUCCAUGGAGUGUUAUGUUCAAUAAAAAACGCUUAAAAUGUAUGCAAAUGUAAA